CGUGGUUUCGCAGUCGCUGGCGACUGCACCACUCGCCAUGCCUUCCGACAGUGUGCCGAUUCCUACUCUCUCAUCUCCUGUAACUUUUUCGGAGUUCUGAGGCGUUCGCAUCUUCUCCAGCAUUUCCAAUUCCAGGGCUUGGCUGAUUCCUUCGCCCGUACGCGAUGGUGCUGAAGACGGAAUUGUGCCGCUUUAGCGGUGCGAAAAUAUAUCCUGGGAGGGGUAUCAGAUUCAUCAGAAGUGAUUCGCAGGUAUUUCUCUUCGUGAAUUCGAAGUGCAAGCGGUACUUCCACAAUCGUCUCAAACCAGCGAAGCUUACAUGGACUUCUCUUUUCAGGAAGCAGCACAAGAAGGAUCUCACGUCCGAAACCAUUAAGAAGAAGAGAAGAACUUCUAGCAAGCCCUACUCCAGGUCUAUUGUGGGCGCUUCGUUGGAGGUCAUUCAGAAGAAGCGAACCGAGAAGACUGAAGUGCGUGCCGCUGCUCGUGAAGCUGCUCUCCGUGAAAUCAAGGAGAGAAUGAAGAAGGCCAAAGACGAGAUUAAGGCAAGGAAAGCAGAAGCUGUUGCUAAAUUGUCGAAGGGAAGUAGCAAACCCGCAGCCCUGAGGUCUGCAGCUCCUAAAGCUAAGACUGCUGGCGCUGGUGGCAAGCGGUGAAACUUCCGCUUCAAGCUUCAAGGGAAGAACGACUACUCAUUUUUUGAUAGCUCGAGAGAAAGGAAUAAGGGAGAAGCGAGAGUAUGGACGCAGAGAUUCGUCCUUUGCAUAAGAGCGUCGCGAGCCUGUCAAGUUUAAAGAUUCACCUCUAGAGCUGACACCGAAAUCAAUGCCAGGAUUGGGCAGGAUGCAUAAUGGGAUAGCAGAGCGUUAUUUAUUUUCGUCAUCGGUACUUGACAGGUCGCUGUGCGUGCACGUUGAGUUGACGAAAAUAGAGAUGUAUGUAAGCUUUCUCUUACAAAGAUUUGGGGCUGAGCGCUUUUUAUGCUUACAAUUGAGAAUAUUAUGUAAUGUAUACUUGUUUGUACACACUUUCGACAAUUUUUGC